AUGUCUGCUUCUCUCAGCCAAUCGCCUCGCUCCAGAGCAGGGCGCAGUCCUGACCGCGAAACUCCCCGUGGUGGGGACGCUGAUGGUCGUGAAGACACCGCUGGAACCAUUUUUGUGGGUAAUUUGAAUCAUGAGACCAGCGAGCGACGCCUCAGAGAGUUCUUUGAAGAGUAUGGACGCGUGCUGUCUACAAAGGUGGUCUUCAACCCCGAGACAGGGCGCUCCAAGGGCUUUGGUUUUGUCAAGUUCGACGACGCAAGGGAUGCAGAGGACGCCAUAAAACAGGCAGAUGGCCAGACUAUGGACGGCAGGACGAUCAAGUGCAAUUUUGCCAAGUACCAGCCGCAUCGUGGCCAGCCCCACGCCUUCCGUGGUGGCCGCGGUGACUUUACUCCCGGCUUUGCCAGAGGCGGCUUUCGCGGAGAUUUCCGUGGCGGCUUCCGAGGUGGCAGGGGUGGCAGAUUUGGGGGCGGACCUGCGCCUUUCCGCAGGGGCCGUUCCCGCUCGCCUGGCCGGUACUCGCCCGGCCGCUAUUCCCCGGGCCGCUACUCGCCGGAGGGCUCUGCGUCCCCCCGAUCCCGCUCUGGCAGCCCGCCCCCCAAGCGCCGCCGGCCUGUUGCU